ACAUGGUCUAGUUUAUCAUAAGGACCACGUGUCGUUCUUUCCAUAAAGCACAUGUAUUAUUUUAUGUAAUGUUGUCUUUAUUUUAUUAGAUUAACCAAGCAAAACUUUUGCUUUUUGUCGACUAAUGAAAAUGAAAAGAGAUCCCCUAUUUACGCUUGGCAACAUCUAUUCCAACAACAAGUUUAUAAUAUUCAAAAGUAUUAUCAACUUCAAUAAUCAUCUUCGCUGUAAUUCUUUUUCUUCAAAGUGUGCUUGUAAUUCAGCUUGUAAACCUACUUCUUCAAUAAUAAUAUUCGCUGCUACCGCUGAUGGUAUGGAAACUCAAUCCUCCAUGGAAUCGUCAGUACAAACAUGCCGUCACUUUGACUUUUGUGAGAUUCUCUUAGCAACCGCUAACUUUGACGAUGCAUUAGUAAUUGGGAAAGGGGGUUUUGGAAAAGUUUACAAAGGUAACAUUAUCAAUGGAUCAAGUGUUGCGGUUGCUGCCAUCAAACGGUUAGAUUUAGUGUCCUCUCAAGGGGCCUCAGAGUUCUGGGCAGAAGUUGAGAUGCUUUCAAACUUGCGUCACUGUCACCUUGUAUCUUUAUUUGGCUAUUGUAAUUAUGAAAAAGAGAUGAUUCUCAUCUACGAAUAUAUGCCCAAUGGAACACUUGAAGACCACCUCCAUAAGCUUGGUACCCCUCUUUCUUGGCUUCAACGACUCAAGAUCUGCAUAGGUGCUGCUCGUGGGUUAGACUAUCUCCACACCGGUACAGGGAUUGAUUUGGGUGUUAUACAUCGUGAUGUCAAGCCCUCAAAUAUUUUGUUACAUGAAAGCUGGUCAGCAAAAAUAUCAGAUUUUGGAUUGUCGAAAAUAGGGCCAACAAAUCAGCCGUGUACUUAUAUAAACACACUUGUUAAAGGAACUUUUGGGUAUUUCGAUCCAAAUUAUUUCACAACCGGAAAGCUAACAAGGAAGUCCGAUGUGUAUGCUUUUGGUGUGGUACUGUUGGAAGUGCUGUGUCGGAAGCGUGCAGUUGAUAAUAGUCUUGAUGUGGGCCUGGCAACAUGGGCUCAAGAUUCUAUCAAAGAAGGAAAUUUAAAACAUAUUAUUGAUUCUUCUAUAAGGUGUCAGAUAUCCUCAAAAUGUUUGAAGGAGUUUGUUAGAAUUGUAGAGAGAUGUUUGCUUAGUAAUCCAAAGCGGCGUCCUACCAUGGCUGAGGUUGUGGUUGGUCUUGAGUCUGUACUGAACUUACAAGAGAAAAGGAAUAGUUUGUUGCAACCUGCUGGAAGAACCAUAUUUGGUCGAAUGGUUGAUAGGUUCCCCUCCUUGUCUAGCAGAGAGAACUCUGCCCAUGGUGGUUCAGAUCUAUCAACUAACAACAAAGGGGACAAUAGAAAUGUUGGUGAUACUGUGGUUGAUAACGAAGAUUUCACAAUUCCUAUGCCAAGUUUGAAAGUAUUUAAGUUUGUUGAUCUAAAAAAAGCUACAAGAAACUUCAGUCAACAUUUUCUCUUGGGCAGGGGAGGUUUGGGAGAGGUGUUCUUAGGUUGGGUUGACAAGAACACAUUGGCCCCUUCAAGAGAGGGUGUUGGAAUUGCUGUUGCUGUUAAAAGGUACUCUGAAGAUCUUCCAGAAUGGGAGACGGUGGUGACUGGCUUGGGGGAGUUGUCUCAUCCAAACAUUGUUAGUGUCUUGGGAUAUUCCGAUGAUAAAAAACACCAAUGCUUGCUUGUUUAUGAGUAUAUACACAACCGAAAUCUUGGGCGCUUCUUAUUUCAAGAUGAACAUGAUUUUGUUGAACCACUUUCAUGGGGAACACGACUUAUGAUAAUGAUAGGAGUAGCUCGUGGGCUUGCUUUUAUGCAUUCGUCAAAAAAUCAAGUCAUACACGGUCAUGUUGAACCAUCUAAUAUAUAUUUGGAUCAGAAUUUUAAUGCAAAACUAGGGGAUUUUGUGUUGGCAAAAUUUGGCCCAGAAAUCCAGAAGUUGGACAGUAUUACUACAGGAGUUAUGUGUAGCUUAGGUUAUUUCGACUCACAAUAUCUAAGCACAGGCCACUUGACUGUGAAGAGUGACAUUUAUAGCUUUGGAGUGGUGUUGUUGGAAACCUUAAUAGGCCAUCGAGCAUGGAGUAUAGAGUGGCCUAUAUCUGAGUUUAAUUUAGUAGAUAGAGACAAGGUAAAGAAAAUAAUUGAUCCACAUCUUAGGCAUAAUUAUCCCCUAGAAGAUGCUUUCAGUUGUGUUAUGCUUGCAUUAAGAUGUGUUGCUAUGGAUCCCAAGGAUAGGCCUUCAAGUGAGGAAGUUUUGCAAAGCUUAGAACAAUUGCAUGUUGUCAAAAGCUAAUGCAUAGAAGGUAUGUAGUUAUGCUUAGACUUGUGUACUAAAUAUGUUUUGUUUGUUGUUUCUUUGUUGCCUUGUUUCACAUGAUCUAAUCUAUUUAAUGUUAUACACUUAGUUUGGACAUUUUCUUGAUAUCAAUGAAAGGACGUGUCAAAGAAAACCCAGGUUCUUUUUUCUACUUCUACUUCUCCUAUAUUAUACAACAUUAGACGUCUUUUGUUCUCAACAUCCGAUCGGUUAAUACAUAUGUGAUUAUAAAAUUAUAUUUCGAUCACAACCCCACUCAAGUCUCAUGUGCUUCUUUUAAAAUGAUCAAAAUGAACUUUAUAAAUUUGCUUAGAACAAAAAAAUCAUCAUAGAUGAUUUGUAUUUAAUCUAAAAGGAUAUUCAUAUUUAUGCAUACACCAUCUAAAAUAUGUGAUAAAGCCAACACAUUACUAAGAGUAUCCACAAUGCAUUGAACUCUAUAAAGUUCAAUGGAGUGCCACAUCAUCAUUCACUAUUCCAUACAACUCUAUUCAUUUUUAUCCUAUAAUGCGUUAAACUCUACAAGUUCAAUGGAACAUAUUAAAAAAUAUUUAUUUAAAGAUUUAAUGACUUUCUUUUUUCCCAUUGAACUGCAAAUACAUUGAAUGCCAAUGUGGCAUUUCAUAAUGGUGGAGUUGUAUCCAUUGAAUGACAAGUAGGCAUGACAACUCAUUCAACUCUUCCAUUAAACUCAUCAUUAUGGAUGCUCUAACGUAUACUCUCCCCACUUUCAUGGUUUAUGUCCGUGAGGCGUCUCUGCCUAUGUAUUGUUGAGAAUUCAAGUGCAAAUUUAUGUACUUACUCUCCAUUAGAUAUCUAUAUGGGAGAGGAAGAAUCUGAUGCAGACAACACCUUUUUUGAAGUAACCUUCUAGUGCUUCAUCAUAACUAGUUAACAUAUGAAAAAUAUUUUGACAAAAGUAAAUAAUCAACAAAAUAACAAAUAUAUAACAAACAUAAUUCAAAAUAUAAAUACAAGAAGUAAUUCACAAGAAAAACAUACUUGAAUGUGUUAUACAUAACAUAAUACAAACUCAAAAUUGUUGAAGAUUGAGGCCUGCAAGUAGUGUCCUAAGAUCGAGAUUUCAGGGUAUGGAUCUGUCUUGAGGAUACAACAAUCAAUUCAAGAAACGAUCAAUCUGUCGAAAAUUUAUAUGUUCUCUUUAUCUUCAGAAAAAUGAAUUUGCCAGAGUUUUUGUGGUGUGAUAUGAUUUCUGUAACACUCAACAAAUAACUAAAACCAAGUAUUUAUAAUUUUUUGAUAUUGACAGUUGGAAACUGUCAAAUGCCGAAAGUAACUACCAUAAUACCUAUAAAUUUAGUAAUUAUGAAUUUAAUAAAAAUAAAAAUUAAUUUUGUAGUUAAAACUAUUUAAUUAAUCUGGAAGACCCUAAGAGCCCUAAGGCCUAAGGCCCAUCUUUUGACCAUUAACUAUUCUUUUGAUAUUAGCCUAAUUUAAGUCCAAUUAAGCUAGUCUAACACCACAUCCUGAGCCUAUCAAUCUUAUCCCAACGCUUUAUCUUAUUGAUAAAUUAAUGAGGCUUAGACUUAUAAGGAUAAACUUUUCCUUUCUUGCUUCCAAUGUGGGGCAAGUCCCACAAUGCAAAUUAUUAAUCAAAGUUCCAACAGAAAAAACAAGGAGUCGCUUCAAAGGAAUAAAAACUACAACAUACUAAGAAAUUUAAUACAAGAUAAACGAGUUGUACCUACUAAUUUUUCAUUAGUUAAAUGUUACGUUUUUUGUUCUGUUUCUAGUUGCUAUGGUUCUAGCUAUUAUGACCUGUUUUUCUAUGUUUCCAACUACUCAUUUUGCUUAUGAGUUUGAAUUCAACUCCAACAAAUCUACCAGGGAAGUCAUUCAGGAGAGGUAAAAGUUAGUCUCUAUUGAAGUGGCAUAAUUAUUAAGGACCUUGAAAUUUUAGAGUUCUUGUGAUAGCCUUUCGGUACAUAGUGAUAUUAUGACAAUUGAAGUUAGGAGUAAGGGUAGGGUUCCCUCUGUUAAAAUUAGUGUUAGUAUUGUUCAACCAAGCAUUUUUGUGGAAUUUAUGCCUGCCAAGGUGACAAGUCUUUUAAAAUUGAAGGGCCAAAAUUGUAACUUCAAAUUUAAAUGUCAAGUUUGUUUCGUGAAGAAUGUCAAGAAUUAAAUUGGGAGAAAAGUUCAAACUAACUUUGGGUGAGAGAUGUGAACAUUUGGACUUCAUUUUAGUUCUUUUGUCAAGCUAUGCAUGUUUAUUUCAACUGAGACAUCUAUUGAAAUAGAAGUGGCGAGAAAUGAAGACAAUGGAGAGUUUGAUGUGAAACAAGUGAGACGCCUCUUCGAUAUAGAACUGGAUAGCAGCUACAACUCUUUUAAGUGGGUUAACUUGAUUCUUAUCAAAGUUAAUUGCUUUGUUUGGAGAUUGAUUAAAGACAGCAUUCCCACUUUUGCCGAUAUUUCGAAGAGAGGAGCGAGUGUUUCUCCUGCAACAUGGCCAUUCUACAAGUUCUCAGAUGAGGCUUUUGAUCACGUUUUCUUUACCUAUUUCAAUGAUUCAAAGCUAUGGAGUUGGAUAAUUGGUUAGUCUUCCUCGUUGCAAGGUCUUCCUUCUUCCUAUAUUCAAGUGGAGUUGUAGAAGGCGAACAUAUGUGAUAAAAAUGUUAUAAAUCUGCAUUUAACUCUCAUUUAUUCUAUCCUCCGGAUGAUUUGGAAGGCUCAGAAUGCUUUAGUGUACCAGAAUGAGAGGAGAGUAGUGAUGCUUAUUGCGGAUGACAUUUUCAUUACUACUUUUAAUUAGGUUAAAAAUAGAUCCAAACAUCGUCUUUUUGUUUGGUCGGUUUGGUGUUUGUCUCCUAUUUCAAACUUAUUUUUGUAAUUUGGCUUGAGCUAAUUUCUUAAGUCAUUCUUGUUUCUAAUGUGUUGCAUGCUAUUAAAAAGGCAUGUUUAUUUCAA